AUGGUUUUGUCUGUCCCAGUUAUAGCUCUGGGUGCCACCUUGGGGACUGCAACUAGCAUCCUUGCCCUCUGCGGUCUGACCUGCUUGUGCAAAUGCAGGCGACCUAGGAAAGGACUCUCGGGAAAGGACCAAGACAUGGACACUGAAAAUGCUAAGCCCAGUAUGCUUCAGCCAGUCCAGCAGUUCAGCAUUAAGAAGACUACUGAACCCAUCCAGCCUCGGCCCCUCCUGAAGUUUCCCAACAUCUAUGGCCCAAAGCCAGUCGUGACUGCCCCAGAAAUUGUUAACUACGUGGAUUAUGCCUUGAAGACAACUGAAGAGCCAACUAGAGGAAAAGAUGAAGUUCAGGAUCAGAACAGAAUGAAGAUACAAGUCAAUGAGGAGUUAUUUGUUCUCCCUCAAAAUGUUCCAGGUGCAGUAAAGGAUGUGUGUGUCACUGAGCACCUGAACCCUGAGAAAGCAGCCAGCUGUAACCAGGUCCCUGAACUCCGCUAUUCCCUUGGGUAUGAUCGACAGAAAGCUGAGCUGUGUGUGGCCUUUCUUGAAGCUAUGCAUGGAAGCAUGAUAGGGGACCAGGAUGCUGGCUGUGACUACUACAUCCUGGGCACCUUGGUGAGCAAGUCUGGCACCACAGAGACCCAGACAGUGCUGAAGAAGAAAAUGCACCACAUCAUCUGGGAGGAAGCUCUGCUGUUCUCGUUAGCCGAGGAGGAGGUGCUAGAAGGGAUGCUGACUCUCACCUUGAGGAACUGUGACAGGUUCUCUAGGCACAGCAUUGUUGGGGAAAUUAAACUGAGCCUGGCUAAUGUGGGGGAACCCUUCAGAAUGGCCCAGUGGGAGAAACUGAAGACCCCGGAGAAGGAGUCAGAUGCAGGCUAUGGGGAGAUACUCCUCUCCAUCAGCUAUCUGCCAGCAGCAAACCGCCUGCUUGUGGUGCUCAUAAAAGCCAAGAACCUCCAUUCCAAACAGCUGAAAGAUCUCCUGGGAAAAGAUGUAUCUGUCAAGGUCACCCUGAAGCACCAGUCUCUGAAACUGAAGAAGAAGCAGACAAAGCGUGCAAAACACAAGAUCAACCCAGUCUGGAAUGAGAUGAUCAUGUUUGAAGUGCCCCAUGAGCUGCUACGCGCCUCCAGCGUGGAGCUAGAAAUGCUAAGCCAAGACGGCCUGGGGCAGAGCCAAUCACUGGGCAAGUGCAGCCUGGGUCUGCAUGCCACAGGCACAGAGAGGAACCACUGGGAGGAGAUGCUGAGGAACCCCAGGAGGCAGAUAGCCAUGUGGCACCAACUUCAUAUGUAG